AGAAGCAGCAUGGAGUUUCUGAGCCACAGUCAGACCCAGAGGAGGGGCUUUGUUGGAUGAGAAGGGGGAGAGAGUGAAAGAAAAAGCCUAGGGAAGGUAAAGGGGGCACUUUGCCGCCUAGCUGCCGGGUACAGGAGCAACCUGAGCAGCAGCAGCGCUGGUGAGAAUGCCACCGCCUUGUUGUUAUAUGGAACUGGCACAAUCUGACCUCCAUGUGAAAACUGCUCUUGGCUUGGAACUGUGGGAGUUCAACUGAGCCGUUGGAAUACAUUGUCUCCAUCUGGGCGCACUAUCCCAUCAGCGGUGUUAACAAGGAAGAAAUUCCUCUAUCACAGCUCCCACAACAAAGAAGAAAGGGAGAGGAGCAGAGCUGGUGGGAGGAGAAGUGAAGUGAGGGGAGGGGAGGGGUGCACUGUGAGGGGAGAGGAGGACAUUGUUUGCCUGUGACUGUGGGCAACGGAAAAGCAUGAGUUAUCAGGGCAUGUGUGAGUGUGUUUAGAAAGUCUGUUUGUAUGUGAGCAUGUGUGAAUGAGUGAACGAGUGUGUGUUGAAGGGAGUAUGCAAGUGUAUGUGUGUGAGGAGCCUUCAGUUUGGGAUGUUGGAGCUGGGAGGCUGUUCAAAGGAUGCUCAAACAAAGCUGGAUUUUUUUCUUUCUCCCCUUUUUGAAUGGUUAUUGAGGACUGGCUGGAUUCCUUUACUCAUGCUGUUGCGCUCAACUCUGCUUCAGGGUAGCUGAAGGAACCCCCGCAUGCAUGGCCGAGAGGCCUUACCUCACCUAUUACCUCACUAGCCUCUUGGCUGAAGGAUUAUGGGUAACCUCAUCAGCCGGCCCAGCUGCCUGGGCCAGAAGUCCAAGCAUGUGAGGUCAGACGAGGACUUCCUGAAAGAAUGCUACCAGCGACGAAGAGAGUGGCAGUCCCCAGAGCAACAUGGGGAGACCAAACGAGAAGAUGCUGUCAAAGACAAAACCAGAGAGGGUGUGAACAAGGAAAGAGAAGUGGAGAGAGACAAGGAGGCACAAGAAAUUGAUUAUAAGAGGGAAGAGGGGACUUAUACUCCCAUUUCAGACAAACCCCUCCGCAGCUCUCCUGCCUCCACAAUCAGGAGUAGCAGUACUCUGGAUAACGCCUGGCACAGCAGUCCUUCACCAAUAAAAACGUCCCGAAAUGGGACACUAACAAGGAGAACAGUGCCUCCGGAGUUUGCCAGAUCCCCCCUGGCUCAUCCUGACAAGAGCGCUACAGAGAGGAGGGCCAGCUUUCAGAGGAGAGACUCUAGAGAAGGGAGUCCCUGGUCCUGGAAGACUGUGGCAUCACGUGAGGUUACAGAGGUGACGGAGGUGACAGAGACAAUUGUAACCGAAAUUGUAGAGGUGACAGAGUAUCCGCCAGGAGAUAAAGGAGGAGACCCAAUAGUCACCAGAACUGUUAGAGUCCUGAAUGGGGUGGCAGAGGAACUUGCUGAGCUCCAGAGUGAUGGACACUCAAGCUCAGACCAGGAUUCCAGCCUGGAUAGAUGGAGGGGAACAAGAUCUGCCUUGGCACUGAGGGACGUAUCAACAGACUCUGAGACUUUUCUCCAAAACCUAGAUGCUUUGCUCACAUGGGUCUGUGAGAUAGAGGAGCUCACAUCCAAUCAGAAACCUCCUUCCUCAGAGGUCAAAGUGGUGAAAGCACAGCUCCAGGAACAAAAGCUCUUGCAGCGCCUCCUUACAGACCGCAGGCGUAGUAUGGACUCUAUGAUGUUAGAGGGCCCUCGGCUGGUAGAGGCCCACCCAGGAGAAGAGGGGGAGCAGGCAAAGGUCAAGCUCUCCACUCUCAAACAGAAGUGGGAGGCCUUACAGCUGGAGGCAGAACAAAGGAGGGCGAGUCUGGAGCUCAUUCUGCCCAGGGCCCAGCUCUUCCAGGAAGGAGUGGACAGCCUGCAGCAAUGGCUUAUAUCUGUGGAACAGAACCUAGCUGAACUCCGAAAUGCAGAAAGAGUGAUGCUCCAUCUGUCAGAGGCCACACAUCGGGCCAAGGCUGUUGUUGAAGAGAUACAAGUCAAAACCGCAGAGUUAGGGAAAGUACAAAAGUCAGGACAUGAUCUGAUGGAAUCAAUAUCAGAGGAAGAAGCCCAGCAAGUGCAAGAGAAAAUGGAUGCUCUACGUAUUCGCUGCUCUGUGCUCAGUCUGAGCAGUCUGGAUGUGCUGCAGAGGCUGGAGCAGGCCCUGGAGGCCUCUAGUCGUUGCACCUCCAGCCAGGAGGACCUCCACCUGUGGCUGGGCCGCAUUGAGAGGGAGCUCUUGGGAGCAGCAAGCGCACAGACACAUGCUGGAGAUGCAGUACUAUGUGCAGCUGAAAGACAGAGGCUGGAACAGGCGGUGGUGAAAGAGAUGGCUUGGUUCAAAGACACAGCACUGAGCCUUGAAAAGCUGAAAACAAUUAAUCUGGAUCCAGAGCUCAUAGCAGAACAACUCUAUGAGCAGAAGAUUUUGGCUGUGGAGAUUCUCCAGCACAGGUUUAACAUUGAGAAGAUGGUGAAGAUUGCUGAAAUCUUGCUAACAUACAGCGAUGAAGGGGAAAUGGGUGAUCUUCGGACCCCGAUAGAUGUGUUACAGGAACAAUGUAACACCACCUCAGCCACCAACUCCCACGUGGUCCUGCAGCUUGAGCAUGCUCAGUCGCUUCUUCUCCAGUUCUCUGAGGGCCUUGCAGAGGUUUCGCCCUGGCUGGAAGAAACUCAAACCCUCAUUGGCCAGCUCUCUCUGAGUACAAUUAGCUAUGAAGCAUUUCGAGAACAACAGGACCUCUUACAGGGUCUGAGGGAGUCUAUAGCUGAACACAGACCCUUGAUUGCACGCUUGUGCUCUCUAGCAAAACGCUUGUCGGAACUAAAUCCCAUUCAGGGGGAUGAGUUCUGUCGCAAGGCUACAGAUGCUGAGGAGCAACAUAGAGCCAUCAGAGACCGGGUCAGAGAGACUGCCACUCUACUUGAGGAGUCACUGCCAAGAUUCACACAACUGAAUGAGAGGAUGACUCAAAUCAGAGAGAGUCUUGAUCGCCUGCGCAGUCGUGUACAGACUCCCACCUCACUUCAAGGACUCACCCCACGGAUCCAGGAGCAGCUGCAGGACAACAAACACACCCUGGCUGAGCUGUCCAAACUGGAGCUGGGCCUCAGCAGUGUGAAGACACAGGCAGAUGAGCUGCUGGCUAACACUCAGGCAGCUGGUGAUGGAUCCAUUGGCACAGCAAUCCAGGAGCGAGUCUCCAGCCUGUCCCAGCUAUGGGAUGAAACACACACUCAGGCCCAGGAGAGGGAGAGCUGGCUGCUCAAACUCUUGGAUCUCGCCAUGAAGUUCUGGAGUGAUGUCAGUGAUGUCACGGCAGCUCUCAAUGAUGCUCAGCAGGCAGUUUUGGACCUCAAUGCUAGUCGGACUGACUCUGAAACAAUCCGCCAGAGUCUUGAAACCAUGCAGACUGUUAGGGAGGAUAUUGACAGUUUACAGGGAGAUCUGGACACGCUUGGUGUUCUGGGAAUGGACUUGAUGUCAGCAUGUGGGGAUACAGACAAACCAGAUGUCACAAAGAGCCUAGAUGAACUCUAUUGCACAUGGAACAACUUGAGCAAACUGUGGAAUGAAUGUCACAAAAAACUGGAGGAAUCCCUGCAGAUGGCGCUUCACUAUCAAGAUACUAUGCAGGGUCUUUUUGAGUGGUUGAAGUCAGCUGAGCUGAGGUCUACUGAAGAAUUCAUGGUAGGAACUGACCUGGAAUCAGUUAAAGAGCAGCUAUGUGAUCUCAAGGAAUUUAAGCGAGAACUUUACCAGAAGAAGAUUGAGAUAGAAAGCCUGAACCAUCGCUUUGUGUGCCGGCUGUCUCCAGGCUCAGAGCGGCCAGGCUCAGUCUCUCCGCUGUGUGACUUCAGACUGCGCUGGGAUGGCCUGGAGUCAGAGACGGUCAGCAGACAGCAUCAGCUGGAGUGUGCACUGCUGGGUCUGGGUCAGUUCCAAAACACACUGGAUGAGCUGCACACAUGGCUUUCCCGGACAGCAGAACAGCUGCAGGGUAGCCAGCCAAUCAGCAUCGACUUGCAGGCCUGUGAAAUAGAGCUUGCCAAACACAAGGUCUUGCGUAAUGAUGUCAUGUCACAUGUUCGCACGAUGGAGUCACUGAACCAGGCAGGAAGGGGGCUGCUGGAGGUUGGGUCUGGGGACAGUCCACAUGGUCUGCAGUCUCGGCUAGAGCAACUCAAUGAAAGCUGGGAGUUUGUCCGCUGUGAGACUGAACGCAGACAGCUGGAACUAGAGAACAGACUGAGUCAGGUCCAAGAUGUUACAAUGGAGAUUCAGGAUCUUCUGCAGUGGCUGGAAAACACAGACCUGAGAUUGUCUUCCUCCAAGACCAUGUGGGGCAUGCCAGACUCUGCCAGUGAGAGGCUUAGCGCACACUUGGAAUUGUGCAAUGAGAUGGAGUCAAAGCUCCACGCCUACACAGAUGUGAAGAAUGCCAUCCACAGGAUGCUAGAGAGCAGCAAUGUUGUGCGGGGAUCAAGCACUGAACACAGCCUUUCUAUUCUGGAACAGAAAUGGGCAUCUGUUUACAGCAAAGUCCAUGAGCGAAAGGCUAAGCUCACAGAGGGAUUGAGUCUGGCCAAGGAGUUCCACAGUAACGUCCAGGAACUCCUCACUAAGAUGAGCAAAUGUGAAGAGUCUAUUGGGCUUCUUCCUUCCCCCAGCUUUGUCCUGGACACCGUUUGUACUCAGCUGCAGGAUCACAGAACACUGGUGAAUGAGGUAAACGGUUACUGUGAGAAGAAGACCAUAGUGGAGAACACAGGCUGUAGACUAACAGAAUUGAGCAGGAAGGAAGACUGCGAUGUCAUUCAUAAUCUAAUAAUGACUGUCCAGGAUCGCUAUAAAAAGCUACAGCAGCGUACUUCAGAAAGAGGCAGAAUGCUGGAGGAGGUCAAAAAGAAUGCCAGACAGUUCAGUAAAUCUUGGCGCCUCCUGGUGGACUGGAUGACUGAAGUAGAACAGACAUUAGACACACAUAAAGAGAUUGCAGUGUCCCAUGAGGAGAUUAAACAACAGCUGACUGAACAGAAGGAGUUCCAGAAACUGUUGAGGUCCAAGAGGCCGAUGUAUGAGGCCACACUGAAGAGUGGUCGCCACCUCCAUGAAAGAGCUCAAACCAGCCAUGAUAGACAACAUCUGGAAAACCUACUGGCUGAACUCAAAGACACAUGGGAUACCAUCAGUGGCAAGUCCAUGGAGAGACAGCAUAAGCUGGAGGAAGCACUGCUGUUCUCAGGCAGAUUCACUGAUGCUCUCCAGGCACUGAAUGACUGGUUGUACAGAGCAGAACCCCAACUGGCUGAGGAUGUUCCUGUUGGUGGAGACAAAGACAUGGUCAAUAAUCUAAUAGACAAACACAAGGCAUUCCAGAAGGAGUUAGGGAAGCGAGCCGGAUGCAUCAGAACCCUGAAGCGCUCUGUGAGGGAUCUGACCAGGAGCAGCACAGCUGAUGCUCACUGGUUGCAGGAACAGAUGGAUGAACUGGAGGGCCGCUGGGAGGCUGUGUGCAAGCUAUCAGUCAGCAAGCAAGACAGGCUGGAAACUGCACUUCAGCAGGCUGAGAAGUUUGAUGGCCUUGUCCACUCUUUCAUGGAGCGCCUUACUGAGGCAGAGAGGAUAUUGAAAUAUGGGAUGAUCCCAGAGGAGGAGGAAGGUUUGCUUGCCUUCCACAAACAGCACAAGGAGUCGAUGAGUGCUUUGCAGGCCCAGGAGGUGGAGUUAGAGAACAUCCAGUGUCUGGGUGAGGAGAUCCUGGCCUCCUGUCACCCAGACUCCAUAAUCACCCUCAAAUCUUGGAUCAGUGUCACCAAAACCCGCUAUGAGGAGGUUCAAACUUGGGCUCAGCAGCAGGGCCAGAAGAUCCAGGCCAGCUUGGCAGCACUGGAGGCAGAGAGAGAGGAAAUCCAGAGACUUUUAGACUGGAUCUCAUCUGCAGAGGAGGCCCUGAACCUCAGAGACCAAGAGCCGCUGCCUGAGACAACAGAGCAGAACCAAGAACUCACUGAGCAACACACGGUAUUCAUGGAGGAGUUAAAUAAAAAAUUUCCAGAGGUUGAACAUGCCACAAAAUCUUGUAAACACAAGAGCAUUCCGAAACAGCAAGGAUCUCCCAGUAAAAGGCCGCUCACAAAGAGGAGGAGCACUAUGAAGCUGCAGCCUGUUGUACCGGUUCCCCUGGAGCACCUUGACCCCCAGACUCCACAGCUCUGUCAGCUGGUCAGUCAGUGGCAGAAGCUUUGGCUCCUGGCUGUGGCGAGACAAAACCGUCUGGAACAACACCAGCAAACGCUCAGAGAGAUGGAAGAAUUUGCAAACUUCGACUUCAAUAUUUGGCGAAAGCGUUACAUACAGUGGAUUAGUCAUUUGAAGUCACGGAUCUUGGACGUGUUCCGCAGCAUCGACCGCGAUCAGGAUGGACGCAUCAGCCAGAAGGAGUUCAUCGAUUAUGUCCUCGCCUCUAAAUUCCCCACUAACUCUCUGGAGAUGAAUGCAGUGGCAAACAUCUUUGACAUGAACAGUGAUGGCUACAUCGACUACUAUGAGUUUGUUAGUGCGCUCCAUCCUAGCCGAGAUCCCUACAGAAAAACACUGGAUGCAGAUCAAAUAAAUGAAGAGGUGAGUCGCCAGGUAUCACAGUGCAACUGUCCCAAGAGGUUCCAAGUGGAACAAAUAAGUGCCAACAGAUACAGGUUUGGAGAUUCCCAACAGCUGCGGAUGGUUCGUAUCCUGCGGAGCACGUUGAUGGUGAGGGUGGGAGGAGGCUGGACGGCUCUAGAUGAGUUCCUGGUCAAGAAUGACCCCUGCAGAGUUAAAGGUCGGACCAACCUGAAGAUCAAGGAGAAGUACUUGUCUCCUGCAGGAAGCUCUUCUAAGGGUUUGACUGUCAGCAGGUCCAACUCGAGCCUCAGCUUGUACAGCAGUGCGUCUGCUCCCACCAGCCCCAUGACACGCAAGGCAUUACUCCGCAGGAGUUUCUCAGGUGACCGCUGCAUCCGCCCCAGGAGCUCAAUAGCUGCUUUGGGGUCUGAUCUACAGUUUGUCACAACAGGGGAGGACAAUGCGUCCACACCGUCAGACGAAGCUGAGAGGUUACCCACAUGAUUACCUCUGCCUCCGAGCACCAUGUGUAUGCUGCAGUGCUGAACCCAAACACACAGCCUUGGGGCCCCAAAACAGAGUGAUAAGCAGAAGUAUCAGUCACACCUGAAAAGCAGACACUGAUGGAAAAGAACAAAGAAGGUCACCAGAGGUGAUGCUAAAGGGUCUUUAGCUUUGAUACAUCUCUGUGAAGAUAAUGUGUGGACACUGAGGAUACUGGUCCAGAUGCAAGACAAAGAUGAUUCUGUCCCCUGUUGCAUUUCAUACACUAGUAUCUGAUUGCAUAGAUAGUAGGAAUUGAGAAGUUCUGCAUGGAUGCUUAUUGCAUGAUAGCCAGAGCCUUGCUUAAAUCAAAUUUUGUUUUUUUUUUUCCAGCUUGUUAUUAUUUUGUGAUUGCAAAGAUAAGCAAAGUCAGACAGUACCAGAACCUGAGAGUAAUGGGCAGUAAUAUGGUGUAUCUGAUUUAAAACUGACAUACAGCUUGAACACACUUCUUUAUGGUAUGUGAGGGUGUCGUACUGUUUGACUGCCCCAACUAGCAUCCAAAAAACACAUAUACCAAAACCAUUACUAUGUGAAGGGUACAGUAUGCUGUCCUUCAACUUUUUAAUAUUAUUUUUGUUUCUAUUUCAUUCCAUGAAGAUGGCAUUGUUGGCAGGGCCACACUGUUUCUGUCUUUUACCUUUUUUGACACCAUGUUUUCAAAUAAUUAUGUAAUUUGUAUUGUUCUGUAUUGUGAUGAUGUUUUAAACAUUGGAGAUUGCCUGAUGAACAAUGCACAGAAGUGCAACAGGUCAUUGUUGAUUUGUAGAGAUUAUUUUCUCAGGAUUGGUUUUACUUUUGGAUGUAUGUAUUUCUCUGGAACAUUACUGUGAAACUGUAGAUGUGUUGUUUUCUUUAUAACACUACUUCUUAGGAAAGUUUUGUUUAGCACAUUCUUUUCAUAAAAAUGCACUUUUCUGUGUCCAACUACUGUAGAUAGGUUGUUUUGUUAAGUGGGAAAUUUGGCAGUUGUCAUGAGUAAGAGAAUUAAUUUUGAAACACAAGCUAUAAUUUUAGUUUGUGUUUCAUAAAAAAUGUAGAAUUUUUUACAAUUGUCUUUCAGCAGAAUGCACUGGAGGUGAUGCUCUGUGGUUGAACGGUGUAGUUUCAGUGAAAUCUGUCUUUUAGUGUCUUUGUCUUCUCUUUCAAGCAUCUUUUACCAAAAGCAGUGUAUGUAUAUUCUUUCUGUUUUCCAGUUUUUCCUGUUUGAUUUCUCUGAUCUCCAAUCCAGAAAUUCUCACAGCUGUCUUAAUUUUAUUGCUCUACUUUUAAAGGUGUUUGGGAAACAUGUAAGAUUCCUCCUGUAUGUUUCCUCCAAGGUGUACUUAUGAUCCCGUAGACACCAAUAUGCUUGUUUUAGCAAAAAAAUAUUGAAACGCAUUUACCCUGAAAGAAUGGGGUAAGUCUACUGCACAGGCUGCUCAGUGCUGUACUGUGCCUCAUUAUAGAGCAGUAAAUACUUCACAUUAUAUUAUCAGCUGUGUAAAGAUAUUGUAUUUGUAAGUGUCCCUUUGUACUAGAUCUACCGGAGGUCAAAGACAGUAGCUUAUGUACUUACUUGCAUUUGGUCUAUGCAGUUGUGUAAAAGAUUUUUUAAAGUCAAAAACGUUUUUACAUGAUAAUACCUUUUCCUCUUGGCCUCAGUGUGUUGAUGUUUGGAGGUUGAUAAUUUACUGUACUGUAAAAAUACAAUAGCCAGAUUUCACUACUAUUGCUAUGCACCCUAAUCUUUCUGUACUGUAAAUGUUUCUAUACCCAGCACUCAUUCUGAUGUCUAAUUUAGGGAAACUGUAGAUGAAUGUCACUAAUAAUUUUAACUCCACUUGUACAAAAAAAUAAAUCUUUUUGUAAUAAAAAUAAAAAUUAUUUGCCAUCAUCUUUCAUAUUA